CGUUGGUCGGCGGCGGCGACGGGGAAGGCGGCCAAUUGGAAAGCGUGCUCGCGGGCCGGCAGAUCUUUUACAGGUUGAAUUAUGGACGUGGGAAGCGAGGAAGAGAAAUGGGAGAAGCUGGAUGCGGAAUUCGAUCACUUUGUGGUGGAUAUGAAGCCCUAUGUUUUAAAAUUACCCCACAGGGCAGAGCGACAGAGGUGCGCGCUGUGGAUCAGAAAGCUGUGCGAGCCCUCGGGCACGGGCGCGGGCACCGGGGGCAGGAAGAACCGCAACCUGCACGCGCAGCUGCUCCUGCACAUGCUCCGGCGGGGGGUGCUCGAGGGCCCCUUCACGCACCGCCCGGAGCCGGGGACCCUCAAGCCCUUACCUUCCUACAUGUCCAUCUAUUUUGAUGAACCAAACCCAGCCCGACUGAAAGCAUCAAGCCCCGAAGGAUUACCAGACUGGCUCGUGGGCGAGCUGGGGACCGGCGAGCACAGACUGGGCGAGUCCUGGAAGCUCUCUCCUGGAGAAGACUGCUCUCUGGGGCGGUCGCCUGCUGAGGUGCACAGGGAUUCAUGCACUACAGAAUUCCAGAUGAGACCACAUUCUUUAAGUCCAACCUGCAGAGAUGAUGAAGAAAAUGUCUCUCCGAAGACGCCUGAAGUUCAUCUGAAAAAACCUGCUCUUUCGUUGGAUGACAGUGACAUUGAAAUGCGACUUAAGAGUUGGAAUCUUGGGAUAGAAAAUCCUCGGUACCUGAGACAGAAGCCUAUUCCAGUCUCUCUGAUGACUCCCCAGUUCAGCCUGAGGAAAUACAACACUUUACACCAAGAUGAUCAUUCACUCUCUCGAAUGCAUGGGACAGAGUUGGACAUGAAAAGGAAGAUGAUGGAGGCCAAGUAUCAUGAAGAGAAACUUCGGCUGCAGCAGAAACAUGACGGUGAUGUUCAGAAGAUUUUAGAAAGAAAGAAUCAUGAAAUUGAAGAACUUAAAAUUAUUUAUAAAAAGAAACAAAAUGAAAUGGAGGAAACAAUUAGAAAACUUGAAAAGAAAGUUCAGACCCUUAUACGUGACUGUCAAGUCAUAAGAGAAACUAAAGAAAACCAGAUUGCAGAGCUGAAAAAGAUCUGUGAGCAGAGUGCAGAGUCUCUGAAUAACGACUGGGAAAAAAAGCUCCACAGCGCCGUAGCAGAGAUGGAAAAGGAGAAGUUUGAUCUCCAGAAGCGGCACACCGAGAACAUCCAGGAAUUGCUGGAGGACACGAACGUGCGUCUGAAUAAAAUGGAGAGUGACUACAUGGCCCAGACUCAGUCCACAAACCAGAUGGUCAAAGAGCUUGAGUUCCGUGUUCAGCAGCUGACUGGAGAAGCAGAGAAUAGCAACUUACAGAAGCAGAAAUUAAUGCAAGAAAAAUUGGAACUUGAGAGAUGCUACCAGAUGUCGUGCAGUGAACUCCAAGAGGUAAAGGCAAGGCGUAACAUUCUACACAAAGAGAAGGAUGCUCUAGUGAAUGAUUAUGAGCAGAGCAUAAAACUAUUGCAAAUUAAAUAUGAUGCUGAUGUAAACCUUCUGAAAAAGGAGCAUGCUCUUUCAGCUUCUAAGGCAUCUGCUAAGAUUGAAGAGUUGGAACAGAACAUCUGUCAGCUAAAGCAGCAAUUACAGGAAGCAGAGCUUCAGAGAAAGCAACAGCUAAAAGAUCAAGAGGAUAAGUUUCAAAUAGAGAAAAGUCAUCUAAAACACACCUAUGAUAAAAAGGUUCAUGACUUACAGAGUGAAUUUGAUAAAGAAAAAGAAGACGCUGAAAAGAAGAUUCAUCAAUUCGAGGAAGCUUUAAAGGAGAAGGAGGAGCAGCUGGCCCGCGUGACCGAAGUGCAGAGGCUGCAGGCCCAGCAGGCCGAUGCUGCGCUGGAGGAAUUCAAGCGGCAGGUGGAGCUGAACUCAGAGAAGGUGUACUCGGAGAUGAAACAACAGAUGGAAAAAGUGGAAGCAGAUCUAACUAGAUCCAAGUCUCUUCGAGAGAAACAAUCCAAGGAGUUUUUAUGGCAGCUGGAGGAUGUCAAACAGCGAUACGAACAGCAGAUAGUAGAGCUGAAGCUGGAGCAUGAACAGGCGAAGACGCACCUAUUACAGCAGCAUAACGCAGAGAAGGAUAGCCUAGCCCGAGACCACGAACGGGAAAUCGAAAACCUGGAAAGACAGCUUCGCGCUGCCAACAUGGAGCACGAAAAUCAAAUUCAAGAGUUCAAGAAACGAGACUCACAGGUCAUUGCGGACAUGGAAGCUCAGGUUCACAAGUUGCGAGAAGAGCUGAUCAGCGUAAACUCCCAGCGGAAGCAGCAGCUGGUUGAGCUGGGUCUUCUUCGUGAAGAGGAAAAGCAGAGGACGGCGAGGGACCACGAGAAUGCGGUCAACAAGCUGAGGGCUGAGUCAGAAAAGAUGAAAAUGGAGCUGAGAAAGUCGCAUGCGGCUGAGACCGAGAUGACUUUGGAAAAGGCCAACAGCAGGCUGAAGCAGAUCGAGAAGGAAUAUACCCAGAAACUUGCCAAAUCUUCACAGAUCAUAGCAGAGCUUCAGACGACCAUUUCCUCUCUGAAAGAGGAGAGUAGCCGGCAGCAGCUUGCAGCAGAAAGACGGCUCCAGGAUGUUACCCAGAAGUUUGAAGAUGAGAAGAAGCAGCUGAUUAGAGAUAAUGACCGAGCAAUCAAGACUCUACAAGAAGAACUAGAGAACCGCACUAACCAGGUGCGAUGUGCAGAGAAAAGGCUGCAGCACAAGGAGCUCGAGUCACAGGAACAGAUAACUUACAUAAGACAAGAAUAUGAAACAAAAUUCAAAGGGUUGAUGCCAGCAUCUCUCAGACAAGAGCUUGAAGACACCAUUUCCUCCUUAAAGUCACAGGUUAACUUUCUGCAGAAGAGAGCAUCUAUCCUCCAAGAAGAACUCAGCACGUACCAAGGCAGAAGGUAACCGCACGAAGGCUCACCUGUACAAGCAGGCACGUGCAAGGGCUGCAGCUGUGAAGAUUUGGACAUUGUAAACCGUGAGAUCAGUGGCACUUUUAAAUACUUAAAUGUAAUUAAGAUCAUAAAAACAUGCAUCACUCA